GCCAAUCAGAAGACAGACUCACUGCUUUGUCAUCAGCUUCUGACUGAGGAAGGCUCAGUUUUCCUGCUCUGUUUGUGGAAGCUUGAUAAAAUGCCAGGUCUCUGCAGCCUCUGGGGAGAACCCCACUUCUCUAUGAUGUGAUCGAUCACGCUUCAUCCUCAUUAAUACAAUACGCUGGCUUCAGGAGUGAAAGGGGCGACUGUCGUCUGCUUGACAUUCCUCCUUCGGUGGUCUUUCUGUGGGCAAGGGGAUUGCAAGAGAGCCCUGUUAAACGUACUCUCGCUGUAGCUUCCUUAUCCCACAUUUGCAUUUGAUCGUUAAGGUGAACCCUUGGGAAUAACAGACCUCCAUGUACGACAAUUUGUAUCUGCAUGGAUUUGAAGACUCCGAGGUGGGUUCCGCUGAUUCUUAUACUAGCAGACCGUCCGACUCAGAUGUCUCUCUGGAUGAGGAGCAGGGUGGCCGGCAGGAGAAAGAACAGCAAGCCACCGUUCAGCUGGAGAGGGCAAAGGCCAAAGCAGUAGCCUUUGCCGUGAAGACAAACGUUAGCUACUGUGGUGCCCUGGAUGAGGAUGUUCCUGUCUCUGGCACUGCCAUUUCCUUUGAUGCUAAAGACUUCCUUCAUAUCAAGGAGAAGUACAACAAUGACUGGUGGAUUGGGCGACUGGUGAAGGAAGGUUGUGAUAUCGGUUUCAUCCCCAGUCCCUUAAAACUAGAGAACAUUCGCUUACAGCAGGAGCAAAAAAGGGGCCGCUUCCAUGGGAAGUCCAGUGGGAACUCCUCUUCCAGUCUGGGUGAGAUGGUGUCAGGCACCUUCAAGCCCAGCCCUGCUUCUGCAGGUAAACAGAAACAGAAAGUGGCCGAGCACAUUCCUCCAUACGAUGUGGUCCCUUCCAUGAGGCCGGUGGUCUUAGUUGGGCCAUCACUUAAGGGAUAUGAGGUGACAGAUAUGAUGCAGAAAGCACUCUUUGACUUCCUGAAACACAGGUUUGAAGGCAGGAUAUCAAUCACAAGAGUAACCGCAGACAUCUCUUUGGCCAAAAGAACUGUGCUGAAUAACCCUAGUAAGAGAGCAAUCAUUGAGAGAUCCAACACCAGAUCCAACCUGGCGGAGGUUCAGAGUGAGAUCGAGCGAAUCUUUGAAUUGGCCAGAUCCCUUCAGCUGGUUGUGCUGGAUGCCGACACGAUCAACCAUCCAGCCCAGCUCAUCAAGACUUCUUUAGCUCCCAUUAUUGUCCAUGUCAAAGUGUCUUCUCCCAAGGUAUUGCAUCGGCUGAUCAAAUCACGAGGAAAGUCUCAAAGCAAGCAUUUAAAUGUACAACUGGUGGCAGCAGACAAAUUAGCUCAGUGUCCUCCAGAAAUGUUUGACAUAAUUUUGGAUGAGAACCAGCUUGAGGAUGCAUGUGAACAUCUGGCUGAGUAUCUGGAGGCCUAUUGGCGUGCAACUCACACUUGCCUCAGCACUCCUCUGAACCCUCUGCUGGGCCGCAACCUGGGAUCCACUGUGCUCUCACCGUACCCCACAGCCGUCUCUGGACUACAGAGCCAAAGAAAUAAAAACAGCAAUCAUAUCAGUGACAACUCUCCAAUGGAGCGGCACAGCUUGAUGACCUCCGAUGAGAACUACCACAACAACGAGCGGCAAAAGAAGAGUCAUAACCGCCUGUCCUCCAGCUCCCAGCAAAGUCGAGACCACUACCCUCUGGUAGAGGAGGACUACCAUGAUCCCUAUCAAGAUGCGUACAAACCUCACCGCAACCAGGGGUCCCCUGGGGGCUACAGUAACGAAUCGCGGCACAGACUCUGAACAACCAAACCACUACAGCUAGAGCUAUGAGAUAAACCUCAUGUAAUUGUGUAAAUCCUUUCUGAAAAUGCAAUGAAUUGUGUUGAAGGGAUGACAGCUAUAGUACCAUCUGGUCCAUCCAAUUUCUCCUAGUAGAGGCCUAACCAAAGCCCUGCAUUGUCUAUAUUUGCAGGACUUUUCUUGGUGUCAUGCUAAUUUUCACCCUGAACUAGUGCCGGCGUGCAGAAAUGCUCAACAGUGCUGAGAGCCAAUCAGCAUAGAGCCUUUUUACAAGAUUUCAGUAGCAAGUGGAAUGCAUUUGCUGUUUUGUUUCUUCUUGUCUUAGUAUUUAUGUUAGAUGGUCUCUUCUUUUGCCCAAGCAGCCUCAGGUAUGAAGCAGGAAUUCUUCAUAGGUGCCAAACUCCAAGAGGUUUCUUUUCCCACUGUCUAUUUUCAUAAUAUAUAUCUGCAAAUAGUAUCAACACACUUUUCUGAGCAGAACACAAAAGAUAGCACCAAAUUAUCCCUUUUUACAUACACCAUAAUGCCUAUAGUUCACUCAGCGCAUUGCCCAGGCCUACGAGUGGGAUGUCGUUGCAAAAAAUUAUACCAUAGAUACCAGUAUCAGGUAGAUUUUAGCAUUUUAAAUUACUUAUUAAUCUUUAUUAAUCUUAUUAAAUUAAUCUUUAUUACUUGGUUGUAAUAGUAAAAGUAUGAAUCUCAUGAAACCUUACAAGAUUUCCAGAUUAUUUUUCACCCAAAAAUCAGAAGAAAAAUAAUCUUAAUUUAAAAAUAAAUAUAAUAAUAAACAAUACAAUGAAGUGUGUUUUAGGACCAUCAAGACUUGCAUCUUGACAUUUUUUCGUGAAAAUUAAGCUCCCCUAUUUUAAUGUCUGCAAUAAAAAAAAACCUAAGAUUUUUUUUUUUUUUUUUUUUUUUUUUUUACAUUGUAAAGAAUUAUGCAUCAUGGUAGUAUUUGUUGUAUUGCUUUUCAUUUCAAAAUAAUUGUUAAAAAAUACUAUACAUAUUAUGGUAAUGAAUAAGAAUUUGAGCAUAAAAUGUGCUUAAUUAUCAUUCAAAUAUUCUUAAAUAUUCAUUUUUUUCUUUAUGCUAUACUGUAUAAUAUAUAGGGCUUUAUUUAUUUAUUUAUUUUUGGUGAAAUGUGGCCUGAGCUUGUUUUGUGAGAUUCUCAGGGGUUUUUUGAGUUCAUAUCACACUCUUGUUUUCUGACAGAAACAACACAGUAGCUUGUGUCAUUAAAUUUUGUGGCAGCUGAGUGGAAAUCCAUUCUGUCACUGAGGGAGUGUUUACUCAACACCAUAUUCAACUAAUAAUGGAAAAUGUUUUGGUAACUCUUUAUUAUAAGGUGGCCUUGUUACACGUUACUUGUACUUACUAUUAUAAUAACAAUUAAUAAUGCAUAAGUGCAUGCACGUAACCCUAAGCCAAACCCUAACCAUAUAGUAAGUACAUGUUGUUAAUUAAUAUUACUCAGUAUUUAAAUGCAUAAUUACACUGUAACAAAGGCACCUUAAAAUAAAGUGCAAACAAUGUUCUAAGCAUUUUGGCCGUUCAUUUACAUGACAAUGGCCAUUUGGGGGCCUCAAAGUGCAAACUUCUGAAAUCAAAGUGCAAGUUUUUGAAAAUGAUACCAUUAUCGCCUCUGUGUAAGCGACUAAAAAUUGUGAUAACGGUGUUGCGCAAGCAUAUUACUUGUUUGGGUAGAGUUUCUUUACAAAGUGACAUUGCCAACUACUGGCCUGGCAUGAAUAAUACAGAGUUUUUAGUUGUUUUAGUGGAUCAAUGUGAACGGGGAUCGUUUUGACAAUGUUGUCAUCUGUACGCGAAACAUUUCAAAAACGUUUGUGUUUUUAGUACAUUGUUGUCGUGUAAACGUACCCAGAGUCAGGUCUGUGGAUCACCAUGAAGUUUCUCUGUUCUAUUAAGCUUUAUGAAACAAGUUGAUUAUCGAUUAUUAUGACUGCUACUAGUCUUGAACUAUUUAGUGCGUGCCUAACCUAUAGUAUAGUUACUGGUUGCCAUAGCAGGUACACUAAGUAUUGGAAUUAAAUUAGACUUUAGACUAAGAUACAACUUAAAAACUAUAAAAUGAAAUGCUUUUUUAUUGUUUGUUUUGCUUGAAAACUUUAUCUGUAAUUUUCUUGCUAUAUUUGUUUUCAUCAGGCCUGGUUGCAAAAGCUGUUCACACAAACUGAAGUGCUCAGAUGAACAAAUCACGUGUCAUUCCUGCCUUUGCAUGUGCAAAACUACCUGGUUAUGCUGAUGGCUUUUGUGAUUUUGACGAAAAACAUCAGAUUUUGUUUUCUA